UUAUCUGAACGUAUUUGCAUAAUAUAUUUACUGCAUCGAGUAGCAUUGACACUUUACACGAUACUUACCCGCAAAGAGAUUUGCUAUCAUUUCUUGUACAUUGUAAAGAAGAUUGUAUAAAGUGGAGAAAGAUGAAUUUGACAUGGAUUUAAUCUCGUGCAUCGUUCGAUGUAUUCGUCCUCUUUGGGGCAAUGUUAUUUUAGCCAGAUGACAAUAUUCAUAUUAGGAACAACUGUAUUGCUAGAAAGAAUUUAAACGACUCUAUUAAUCAUGUCUCUUUUGGAAGGAACGCAGAUAUCAUCAAUGCAGACUGAACCGAUUGAUAACUUGUAUCUUGCAUUGAUACAAUGCUUUGCUAUUAUAUUAUGCGGAUAUAUCGCAGGCAGAUUCGAUGUAAUUAGUAAAUCAGAAGCAAACGGUCUGAAUACUUUUGUAGGGACGUUUGCCCUGCCUUCUUUAAUCUUCAUGUCACUGGCAAAGCUUGAUUUUAGUUUAGUAAAUUGGAAGUUUCUCCUCGCCGUGUUGAUAGCUAAAAGUUGUGUAUUUUUCAUCGUUCUUGGCGUGUCUCUAGUCAUUAAAAGACGAACGAAUCCAGGCUGUGCUGCGCUCUUUGCAAUAUUUACCACCCAAAGCAAUGAUUUUGCUAUCGGAUAUCCUAUGAUCGAUGCUCUGUAUGGAGUUACGCAUCCCGAAUAUGCUGCUUAUUUGUAUCUGAUGGCACCUAUAUCGUUGGCUAUUUUAAAUCCAAUUGGAUUUGUAUUACUAGAAAUUGGCAAACGUUAUGAAGAAGAUAACAGAAGUUAUAUGAACAUGAUUUAUUCUAUCGUAAAGGGAAUCGUAUUAAAUCCUAUACUUCUUAUGACAGUUUUCGGUAUCUUGGGAAACUUGACAUUCAGCCAUGUUGUACCAAGCGUAAUCUCAACUGUGCUAGAUGUGUUUGGUAACGCGUUUUCGGCUACAGCUCUUUUCCUCCUGGGAUUAAUGAUGGUUGGAAAAGUGCACAAAUUGAAGGGCACGGCUCUGGUUAUACCGGGCAUACUGAUAUCGGUCAAACUGCUGGUUCUCCCGUUGGUCAUAAGAGAAUCCAUUAUUUUGAUAAACGCUGGAAUUAACUCUACGGAUACUCAGAAUUUGAGUACAUACGGAUUUCUAUACGGUACAAUACCGACGGCUCCGGCUUUAUUCAUAUUCACUCUUCGUUACAAUAUCGAGAUUGAUUUGAUCGCUUCGUCGAUGGUCGCUUGUACAUUUUUAUCUGCUCCGCUGAUGUUCGUAUCUGCGAAAUUAAUCGAUGCCGUAUCCUCUGGAAUGACACCGAAAAACUAUACGCAUCAGUUGAACGUAUUUUCCUUCGACGUGAGCAUCGCUUCGGCGAUUGUCUGUAUAUGGUUGAUAAUUUGUUUCGUAGGAUUCGGGCGACAAAAAUACAAGUGCGUUACUCACAAGUGUACGCUUUUCAUUGUAAUUGCACAGUUAGCUACAGCUGUAGGUGUUAUAAUAUGGACCAAACUCGAAUCACACAAUAGCGGUUCAGUUUUGUGGUAUAUCCAAUUCACUUUAAUCACUGUGGGAGUGUAUGCUAGUCGUGUAUGGACGAUGGGGAUAGCAGCUACUCUGUUGUACUUGAGUUCUCGAUCCUUGGAAUUUGUUAAAAAUGUCCAGAAAUGGUUUUUUCCUAUUGGAUGGGGGAUUCCGCUUGUGAUAGUAAUUAUAAUGUGUUGCGUGAUAUCUCCAAAGGAACCUGACCCCGCAUUCAUAAACCCAAAUUUUCAACUUGGCAGAACUCAAGCUGCGAUCUCUAUGGUCAUACUGAUAUUCUGUUUCAUUGUGACAAUGGGCUGUUUGGUUUUACAGCAGAUGUACCAGCGUCGACAGGCCUCGACGUCUUACUCUAGUUUAGCAAAUAAUAUUGAGGCUUCUAAUGAUGAUAGUGUUGAAAGGCGUGUAGUAGAUGUUGAAGAUCUUGCCUCAGAUUCUCGUACUCCGAUAAUCGGUUGUGAGUUCGCGAACGGCUGUCCCAACGGAGUGUGCAGAGGCAAUAGUAAUGACAUUGAUGAUUGCGAUUUACUGGUUGACCUUGAGAAUGAAAGAAACGAUCUUCAAUCUCUCCGACACCUUGUUUUCGUAAUUCUCUUGCUAUGUUCCAUGUUCAUUGGCAUAACGAUAUCGAUUGGAACACUCAUAAUGGAGAAAUUGACAGGAGUUUAUGCGGAGCUAACAUUUCUGGAUGUCGCUUUAAACUUUGGCCAGUCGUUGAUCGCGUUCGCCAUUUUCGGAUUAGACGCUGGCCUCGGGAAGCUUGGAUGUUGGCUACGAAGAAUGUGUCGCAAAUGGCGCGCAGGAAAAGAAUUGCAGCUUCCCGCGGAAGACGCGUUGAGCCCUGAAGUGAAGGCUAUUAGGGAUCAAUUUAAUCGUUGCCACUUGGACGAAUGCCGUACUCGUAUAGCCAUGUGUCGUAGGCGUAUGCUGAAAUUGUACAAAAACGUCUUCACUGGGACUGAAUUGGUUAAUUGGUUACUGAACGCCGGUGUUGCAGAAACCAGAGAAGAGGCUGUUCAUUACGGCCGGAGCUUAUUAGAAAGUAGAGUAUUGCAACAUGUUGACGGUAUUGAGCAUUUUAGCGAUCAAAAUAUACUUUACACUUUCAAUGCCUAACUGUAUCAUUCUUAUUCAGAGAAUUAUAGUCUUUUUAUUUAUUAUUUA